AUGUCCGUCGUGCCAAGGCCGCCGAGUAGAUCCUCGGAGAGCGAAGAGACAGAUCACAUCAGAGUGUUCUCACCGGACACGAACGCCCCUGUACUUUCUGUGGGGCGAGUGGACUACGAUGCUCUGCUGGGCAGCUGGGACAUCGUCUACUCGACCCUGCCCCUUUGGCGGAACAAGAAGAACGUCUGCAUCACCUAUGCACUCGUCCCUGGCUUUCCUGCAAGCGAUAGACUGGACGACCUCGUGGAGUACCAUGCCUCGGUCUACGUCGACUCUCGCAAGACGCCAAGGCGGGCCAUAAGAGGUAUCGACAGACGAGAACUGCCUUCGGGUAUCAAGGAUCUCUCCACGGUCAAUGGCGUGCAUUGGAGGUGGAGAGGCAAAGGGUUCCUGAUGCCCAUCACAUCAGACUGGCAGAUCUUAGGCUUACACCUGGCAAAGGAGCACCCUUUGCCACCAGACCGGGACGAGUGGAUUGUGAGCUACUUCCAGGCAACGCUCUUCUCGCCCGCCGGUCUCGACAUAUACGCACGUACAGGAAGUCCACCUGUCGAUUCGGAGCGCAUGGACAAGAUCAUCAAGGCUCUACAGAGCGUAGAGGACACUACAGUCGCCAAGCUGGCAAAGGACAUUUUCCCGAUCUCGCACGACUUGCCCACCACACAGGACACCGCGGCUCGAGCCAUCGGCAAUAGCGAUACCGCGCACGAUGCCAAGGCGACAAGCGCUCCAACGCACGAUAAGGUCGCAGCAGCGACUGCCGACCGCAAGCACGAUCCUACCAUAUGCUCAGACAUCAUCUCGCCGAGCGUUUGGCCACGCGCUUGCUGUCAAAGCGAGCAAGCCGAUCACAUGAUCGUGGCACAUCUCGCCCAAAGGGUCUCUCUUUCUGUAGCAAUGCGGCCGCGUUGCGCUAUCCUGACCCCGUUGCAUCAUGCUCGCAUUCUUGUUACUCUCCCGAGCAUGUCGCGCGUGUCGCGUCGCGCGCACUUUGGGCUCUCUGGACGGCUUGAGAUCUUCAGAGAGAUGCUCUGCGAUGAUGCUCACAAGCUCGUGGCCGAGGCCAAAAGAGCUCAGCAAACAGAUCUCCUGCGCACCUACAAUUCCGAGCUCGUUCGACUCAUUCAGCGAGAGGCUCGACAGCUGGGCGAGCAGAUCACUGCAGGCGAGGAGGUCUUCUCCCAGAUAGAGAGAGAUGAGGGCCAGAUGGCUUCCAUCGUCGUGUCUGCGCUCGCCAUGCAACGCAACAAGCGCUGUCUCUUCGCCUAUCAUCGCUCUCGCCUCAACAAGAUCAAGCAGCUCUUCUGGGACGAGGGAGCGACGACUUCACAGCUCUUAGGCCAGGAGGAAGGCCUCAGGAAGGAGCUAUCCCCGGCAGAGGUAGAGUUCAUCAAGGACUACGCUGCUCUCGUGCACCGCCGCAAGAUCUCUAUGUGCAAGUCCGCGUCCUCAAAGACAUUGGCAACGUUGAAACGGAGGCGGGCACCAUCCAUUUCGGCAAGAACAACCUCUUCUUUGUCAAACGGUCAGACGUAG